GUGCUCCGGGUGUUGUCAAACGUGUCUCUCCCGUCUAUCCGGAAGAACCUCUUCAAAUCCAAAAAUGAUGCAUAUGAGUCUAUAAGUAUACUAAGCUCUAGCAUAACCUCGCAAGAUUCUAAUCCCUUACUUCCAGCCUUCCUAACCCCAGUUGUCAUCCACGAUGAAAGCAAACUCCUGUAUCACAUUGCUGGCGGCACUUCACGUUACCUCUGCAGCUUUAGAUAAAACUGCAUUAUCGCAGCAAUACUUCGGUAAUGAUGCAGCCUGGUACUUAUCUCGCAUUCCAUUCUUUGAGUCCAGCAACAAACAGCUCACUGACGUGUAUUACUACCGCUGGCAAAUAUACCGUUCUCAUCAACGGGAUACUGGCUCUACGGGUUUCAUCUCGACUGAGUUUCUCGAUGAUGUCGGGUGGCAGACCGGACCAUGGGGCUCAUUGAACGAUGCAGCUGGCUUCCAUCUGACUGAGGGGCGUUGGUGUAGAGACCGGCGGUUCAGAGAGGACUAUGCCCGUUUCAUGUAUAGCUCGCAGAGUAAUCCCAGACAAUAUACGGAAUGGAUGGCGGAUAGUAUCUGGAAGACAUAUCUGGUCGAUGGAAAUGUGGAUGCUGCCAUCGCAAGAUUGGGAGACAUGCAGAAUGUGUGGGAUGCGUGGAACGAUGCGCUGGACCAGUCAAAGGGACUGUACUGGGUUGAACCAUUACGUGACGCUACCGAGUACACCAUCAACAGUAUCGAUGCAAGCAACGGCCAGGAUGGCUUUGGAGGUGGUCAGGCAUUUCGUCCUAGCAUCAAUAGCUAUCAGUAUGCGAAUGCAAGGGCUAUCGCUCAGAUCGCAACAUUGAAAGGCAAUAGUCAAAGCGUAGUCGAUAAGUACAACGGACUCGCGGAUAACCUCAAAAAGCGUGUCCAGUCAGAGUUGUGGAAUUCUCAAUUCCAGCAUUUUGUCGACCGAUCCUAUCAGAACAAUGACUACGUCAAGUACUACAACUUUAUCCGCGGUCGCGAGCUGGUCGGUUACGCACCUUGGGGUUACGAUCUUCCUGACGACAAUGCGACUUACGCUUCUGCAUGGAAGCACAUGUUAAACACCAACGAGCUCAAAGGAGAGCAUGGCCUGCGCACAGUUGAGCCGAGUUACCAAUACUAUAUGCGCCAAUACCGUUACGAAGGCACCCGUCGUGAAUGCCAGUGGAAUGGUCCAGUAUGGCCAUAUCAAUUCACCCAAGUCCUGACCGCUCUCGCCAAUGUCCUCGACCACUACCCAAAUACUCGCUCCUCUAUCAACAUCGCCGAUUACACUUCGGCAUUCAUCACAUACGCCAACUUACACACUAAUAAUGUCCAAGGCGGCCUCAAUCUCGAAGAGAAUUACGACCCAGCCACCGGCGACCGCAUCGUCGGCCUUGAUCGCUCAAAUCACUACUUCCACUCUGGCUAUAUCGAUAACAUCCUCUCAGGUCUUGUUGGCAUCCGCGCCCGUGCAGACGAUGUCCUGGAAGUGAACCCCCUCGCCGACCCAUCCCAAAUCUCCUUUUUCCGAGCCGACACAAUCGCAUACCACGGCCACGACAUCGCCGUGCAAUGGGACAAGACCGGGUCGCGAUAUGGCCGGCAAGGCCUAGUUGUUGAAGUUGACGGCCGUAUCGUCGCAUCGUCCAACUCACUAACCCGGCUCACUGUCGCUGUCAGUCGCAACAAACUCCCCAAUUACUCCACUCCCAUUGCGAAGAGCAUACAGGCGCUGUCCAGCACUCGCUACCCUUCUGGCAGCGUAUCUGUCACCAAUGCCGAUAUUGCACGCGUACACGACGCUAUCGACGGCCGAGUCAUGUUCUGGCCGCAAUCUACCGCUGCAAAUGGCUGGGACUCACCCGCCGGUAACGGCGUGGAUGUCUGGUACCAGAUUGAUUUUGGCGCGUCGACGUCGACAUCCCGUACGGAGAUCGCGUUCUUCGUAGAUACCGCGCAGGGUUUUGAUGUUCCUGCGAGCUAUAAGGUGCAGGUGUACAACGGGAGUGCUUGGGUGGAUGUUAGUGGCGCGAAGUAUGCAAGUGCAGUGGCGAAUGGGAUUACGAAUGCGAGUUGGAAUGUAGCGACAGCGAAUAUGGUGAGGCUGGUCUUCAGAGCGAAGGAUGGGGUUAAGGUGAGGUUAGUUGAGUUCAAGCUUUAUUGAGCGAUGGUAGUGUCGAAAUGGCGACCAGGGUCCGGAAGAUGAUAUGGACUAGUACAUACUUGAAUUC